AUGGCGCCGUCGCUGACAGUGCCGACAAAGCAAACACCAUUCCCCUACGCCGCCACCGGCAUCGCAGCACACACUGGCAAGGCCGAUAUCAACUUCGAUGACGCCGCAACCACAAUUACUCUGGCCGGUAGUGGAACUACCCUCGAGAACGAAGAGGCGAUCGUUCAGACCUUGGCAAAAGAUGCUGGAUUGGCUGAUGAUAGUGCAAAGGCCCUUGCAUUUUUCGCAUUGGCUACAAACCUUCGAGCUUUGGCUUCGUUCCCUGAAAUCGUCGCUGCAUUAGAUUCUCUUGACGACCAUCUCGCUUUCCGCACAUUUCUCGUCGGGCAUGAUGUGUCUGCAGUAGAUUGGAUGCUUUGGGGUUCUCUCAAGGGAAACAUCAAAGUCCUGGGUCUUCUCAAGAACAACCAACACCCACAUCUCCUCCGAUGGUUCACUUAUUUUGAUACCCUGAAAUCUACGCAAACUCUGCUUUCCGACUUAGCCAGCGCGAAAGCCAGCAAAGCCCGUUCCAACAAGACCGCGGCUGGCUUUGCCCUUGGACUGCAAAAUGCCGUGGUUGGGCAGGUUGUGACGCGCUUCCCACCCGAGCCCAGUGGCUACCUCCAUAUCGGUCAUGCAAAGGCCGCGAUCCUUAAUCAGUACUUCGCAAAAAUGUAUGACGGGAAAUUGAUCAUCCGCUUUGACGAUACCAAUCCCUCUAAAGAACGCACUGAAUUCGAAGACACUAUCUUAGAAGAUUUGACACUUCUCGGUAUUCACGGAGACGUCGUGACGCAUACGUCAGACCACUUCGAAACCCUCUACAACUACGGAGUCAAGGCCAUCAAAGAUGGCAAGGCGUAUGCAGACGACACUGAACAACAACAAAUGCGCGACGAGCGAUUCAACGGAAUUGCCUCGAAGCACAGAGACGAUAGUGUGGAGGAUAAUUUGGAGCAUUUCGAAGAGAUGAAGACAGGAUCGCCUGAGGGACAAAGAUGGUGCAUUAGGGCGAAGAUAAGCGUGGACGAUAACAAUAAGGCUAUGCGCGACCCCGUUAUCUACAGAUGCAACAUUUUACCCCAUCAUCGUACUGGUGAUAAAUGGAAGAUUUACCCUACCUACGACUUCGCAUGCCCUAUUGUAGACUCUAUCGAAGGAGUCACACAUGCCCUCAGGACGAAUGAAUACCGUGAUAGGAACGCGCAAUACUACUGGAUGUUGGAGGCUACAGGUGUUCGAAAAGUUCAUAUCUGGGAUUUCAGUCGCCUUAACUUCAUCUACACUCUCCUGUCAAAGCGCAAGCUACACUGGUUCGUUACUGAGAAGUACGUCUCUGGCUGGGACGAUCCCCGGUUCCCAACCGUUCGCGGUAUCCGCCGUCGCGGAAUGACGAUCGAGGCCUUGACACAGUUCAUGUUGUCCCAAGGUCCCUCUCAAGCCGUUGUGUCGUUGGAAUGGGACUCCAUCUGGACAAUCAACAAAAAGGUUAUUGACCCUGUCGCCCCGCGGCAUUGGGCAGUCCUCAAGGCUAAGGCUGUCCCUGUAACCAUCAAUGGCGGACCAUCCUCUCCUGAGGUCAAGUUGGUGCCCAAGCACAAAAAGAAUGCCGAGGUUGGCGAGAAGAAAACAGUAUACUCCUCGGACAUUUUGCUGGAGCAGGAAGAUGCUACUUCACUUGAAGACAACGAAGAGAUAACCCUCAUGGACUGGGGAAAUGCUAUAGUCCGUUCGAAGCAAGUCAAUCCAUCGGGAGCUGUGACUGCCAUUACGAUGGACCUCAAUCUCGAGGGCGAUUUCCGCAAGACGAAGAAAAAAAUUACCUGGCUUGCCCAGCCUACGCCUGACCACCUUCUUGCGCCUGUUGUCCUCGUCGAUUUCGACUACUUGAUCAGCAAAAAGAAGCUCGAGGAGAAGGACAACGUUGCUGACUUUGUCACUCCCGUAUCCGAGUUCAAGGACUACGCGUAUGCUGACGCCAACGUCCUCGAGCUGAAGAAGGGCGACAUUAUCCAGUUUGAGCGCAAAGGCUACUACAUUUACGACAAUGAGGUGAACGGUGCACGCGAAUUCUUCAAGAUUCCUGAUGGCAAAGCCGCGGGUAUUGCUAGCAAAGCAGGCACUCCCGCCGUCGCGUCGACUCCUACUGCACUUGCCUCGACUCCUGCGCUCGCAAAGGUGGAAGAUGCCCCUCCCACAACGAUGUACAAAGUUGACAAGAUCUACGGAGACGACACGAAAGCGGAACUCACGUCGAACAUGUACAAAGUGGAUAACAUCUACCAGUCAUGA